UGCUGUUAUCCGGGGGCGACUAAUAUCUUCAUCUCUCUCUUUAAUGUGAUACUUCAAUCCCGAGCCAAGGUGUCCGUCAUUUGAUACGUCCCCAAGGAACUAUCAGACAUCUGCGAAAGAAGAACAAUAACAAAUCACAAACGAAAACCCGUUUUUUGUAGAAUUCGAUUGAACCGUCCAAGAUAAACUACAGCUUGUAUUCAAUCGUAAUCAAAUUCCGCCAGGUUUCGCAUCGAUCACGAGUUUGAAGUGUGCACACCCACUUGUGACAGUUGUACGGGUUUUGGACGCGCGGAUGACAGACGUGUGCCGCAAGUUAUGUUGGAAACGAAAUCUUGCAUGAGAUAGAUCGGCUGCAGCGUUUUUCAUAUACGACGAUUGUAUGAUUUGGUGUUUAUACAAGAAGCACAUCUCGUUUUUAUUGCUCUGUACUUUUACGGAUGAGUCGAUCAUUGGUUGUAAAGUUUGAUUUAUUUCCGGUCGAACAAGCGAGCAUAAACAAUCUGGAUUAAUAAUGGUGUGUAUUUGGUGAGCCACCGUUGGAUGGGCUAUAAACGCCGGAUCACAACUUUGAAUUUCGAGUAUUGAUCAAACUGCUGAAGGAAAACGGAACGUCUAUUUCGUAUAGUCUAGGGGAAAGUUCUAAUAAACCACGACCGACAUAGAAAGUCAUAGUUCUACUCGCAUUAUGGCGACACAAGUGAACUUUGACCCUGGGGUCACGACGACAGAGGGCUUCGAUUAUACAGAGCCUGGGUCAAACAAUGGCACCAGUAACGGCAUUGUCGACAGGUGGUCGCUUGACAAACACAUCCAGCUUGCCGUCCUCUGGGUUCUCUUCACCCUCAUCAUAGUAGGGAACGGCAUCGUCCUCAUUGCAAUAUGGCUCGUCCGCCACAAGAAAUCCAGACUCAACUUCUUCAUCACAAAUCUCGCCGUUGCGGAUAUCUGUGUGGGUUUAUUCAGCGUGGGUUUUGAUAUUCUUGAUCGCCAGACACCGGAAUUUAUAGGUGGUGACAUAGCCUGCAAACUAUAUCGAUAUGUCCAAGCUUAUGUUGUGUUGGCUUCAUCGUACCAGCUUGUAGCAUUGAGUUUUGAUCGAUUCUUUGCUAUAGUUUACCCGAUGGAUUUCACAGGCAAUGGUAAGCGGUCGACGAUGCUGGCAGCGGGCGGUUGGAUAUUACCAGCGGUGCUAGGUAUUACUUCACCCGUCGUUUUUCAAGUCGAUCCCCUAGCCUCCCCAGACGGGACACAAAUGGUGAUGUCAUGCUGGCCUGCUGCACUCUACAGCAAUCGAUCGUGGAUACUCAAGGUUUACGCGAUGUACGUCACCUCCUCGUUCUUCUACAUUCCUCUGAUACUCAUCACCUUUUGUUACGUCACAAUCAUCGUAACCAUCUGGACGAGAGCGAAGAAGAUGGGCGGACCCCAAAAGGUCAAGAAGUCGAAAAACGCAAACAGAGAUGUCGCCUACGAAGGAUUGUCAAAAGACAGCAACUCCACAAUGCCUAAACAUCGAGCCAGUUCACGAGGCCUAAUCCCAAGGGCUAAGAUUAAGACCAUCAAAAUGACCAUCUGUAUCGUCUGUGCUUACAUAUGUUGCUUCAUGCCGUUCUCUCUCUUCUACACGCUGGAGGCAUUCGGAUGCAUCGACACCUCCAGCCAAGCGGUCCUCUUGGCCACGCCCGUUCUCCAAAACCUCCCGUCCCUCAACAGCGCCACCAACCCUUUCAUUUAUGGCAUUUUCAGCACCAAUGUCUGCAAAGAAUUGAGACGGAUACCCGCCAUCAACUGGAUAGCAGACAAGGUGCCGUGCUGCAGCGCUUGGAAACCGCUCCGAUUCGGUCGUCCCACCUACCAGACCAACACACACACGACGGAAUUCAACAACUUCUCCGACGGACAUACGGGCUCGAGAGGGCGCAACAUCGUCAGCAUGAGCGGGAAGGUGGUCGAUGGCCCUUCCAGGGACGAUAGCCGUUCCAGGGACGAUAGCCGAAAUUCGACUACCAGUCCAAUGUAGUAUGAUGUCGCCCGCGAUGUCAUCAACGAUGGUUUAUACUACACGAUGUCGGUGGACGGUGUUUGGACCAUUAUUCAAUUGUAGCAUUUUUCUUUUUACAACAGGGUAGACUUUCAUUUGUGGCACUGUUAUAUCUGACCUGGCGUAGGCUAGCUGGUCGGCCAUUUGUCAGUUUAGUCACUCAUGAACGUUUCAUUGCAGUUCGAGCUUGGAAAAUAACUGUCAACAAUAUACUUCAGACUAUCUGCGAAGCAACGUUUUUUUUUAAAUUAUGUUAAGGAGAUAAAAUGUGUCAUCUUUAAAAUGUGUUGCCGGGGUAAGAUAUCAGAUGUUCAGUACUUAGAAAGACAAUAUUGAGGUUCAUCGAUAUGAGAAUGAGAAUGGUCUCAGUGGGCUGCUUGAUUAGAAUUCAUGGUCAUGGAUUUCACGUAACAUUGUCGUUGUGUGCUUAUUGUUUUAUUGUGUAAUAUUUAUUUAACUUUCAUGACGCGUCUGGUAAAACGUAGUCACAUAAGUUAUCAAAUGACGGGUAUAAUAAU